AUGGGAGCUGGAGUUCAAACAGCACCCAGAGAACCAUACGAUCGCUGUCCUCAGUCUGGUCUGAUCCAGCAUGGCUCUUCUGACGUGCUUAUGCAUAACGUAACACCAAAGAUGUUUGAAUACAUUUUCACGGUAAAGGAAAACUUUUUCUCUCUCUACCUCAGUGGAGGUUCGGCAACUUGGAUAGCUCUGAGUGGCACCCGGACCAGAUUCACAGCCCCACCGAAAGGGGAGCCACCAGCCCCCGCUGCAGAAGCCAGGACGGUUCUUCCUCAGUCAAACGAAGGCGCCCGCCGGGUCGGCCCGCGUCCGGGUGGCCGUCGGGGCCCGAAGCCCCCCCUCGCCCAGCCCCCCCCCCUCGGCCUCUUCCUGCCGGCUCCCUCGGCUUCCCCCCCGCGGGCAAGCUGGCGCGGCGCCCGGGGCGGGGCGGGCGCAGGUGAGGCGAGGCGCGACGGCGCGGCGGGCGUGUCCCCGGCGGCGAGGGCGGCCCGCGCCACUAACCCCGCGCCCAGCGCGCCCGGCCGCCCAGUGCCCGCCCGGCCGCCUCCCGCGACGCUUCGCCCAGCCAGCCGCAGCGCCGCCGCCGCCGCCGCCGCCGCCACCAUGUACGGCGUCCAGCAACAGGUCCAGCCGACGCCGCUGCCGCCUCCGUCCUGCGCCCGGCCGCAGCAGCGGCCUUACUACGCGCCCCCGGCGCCCUGCUACGCGCCGCCCCCGCCGGCCUCCCGGCCCUGCUUCGAGCCCUGCGGCCCGCCGCCCGUGCCCAGGCCGCUGCCUCAGACGUGCCCGCCUCAGCCGCCCGUGGUGACGGCGCGGCCCUGCUACGAGCCCUGCGGCCCGCCCACCGUGCCCAGGCCGCUGCCCGAGACGUGCCCGGCCCCGCCGCCCUCCUACGACCCCUACGGCCCGGCCUCCACGCUGCCCCGGCCGCUGCCCCAGACGUGCCCGGCGCCGGCGCCCUCCUACGACCCCUACGGCCCGGCCUCCACGCUGCCCCGGCCGCUGCCCCAGACGUGCCCGGCGCCGGCGCCACUCCCGGCCACGCUGCCCCGCGGGCGCCCGAACCGGCCCGCGCCGCUGCCGCUGCCCGGCCAGGACGGCUGCAACGGCGGCGGCAGCGUGGUAUACGAGCGCGUCCGCACCUACAGCAGCCCCGGCGGGAAGCGCGUGCAGCUCCUGGACCCCCCCAACGGCUGCUCGCCCCGGGCGCCGUCGCCCUUCGACUCCACCCCGGGCUACCAGCAUGUCAUUUGGAGCAGCGACCCACCGCUCCAGGAAGUUGCAUCUCCAUCCUUGAAAUUGUCUCCUUAUUCCCAGGGCACUGUCCGGAGGAUUAUAUUAGAGAAUUCUGAACAGGAGCCACUGUCUCCGCUCUUGAGAGGAGGAAAUAAUGUGAUUUAUGAGAAGACAAUAAGGAAAUACGAGCUGCUGAAUCCAGAGGAGGAGAAGCAGUAUCAAUAUGUCCCCCAGCAGACGCAAGUUGACCAGUGCCAAGUCUGCCCUCCAGUGGAACACAUUCAGGUCCUGCAGAGCCAGCAAACCCAGACAGGCAAUAGCUACGACAUCUCUCCGGUCUGCGUCAACGACGUCGGAAGAGGGGUCGUGAAGAAAGUCACCCACCAGACCUAUGAACCGGUGAGAUGCAUCCAAGAGACGAAUGACCAGUUGGACUCGCGAUACUUCGGGGAGCUCCUUGCUGAGCUGCAUCGCAAGAGCAACGAGCUGCACAGCUGUUUGCUCCAGCAUGUUGAAAAGCUAGGCGGAAGGAAAUACGAAAUUGAAUCUCUCAAUAAGACCGAAGACAUUGAGAGUUUGAUCCCUAAAGGGCUUUCCGAAUCAACAAAGCAGCAAAUCCGUUACCUCCUGGAGAUGAGAGUCACAGCCAAUAAGUCGAUGAGGCUCGUUCUUGCUACGUUCAGCAACCUCCGUGAGGAACUCGUCCAUCUUCAGGAUGACUUAGGGAAACUGGAAACGGAUAAGAUGUUGCUUGAGAAAGACCUGGCUUUUAAAGAGUCUCAAGUAAAAGAGUACGAAACGCUUUUGGCAUCCGUGCGAGAGAACAAUCGCCAACAGCAGCAAGCCCUCCGAGAGUAUACUCUGAAAUGCCGCUCCUUGGAAGAGCAGCUCCUCUCUCUCCGGCACAGUGACGGGGAUCGGGAAUUCCGGCUGAAAGACCUGGAGUACAGCAAACGCGCCUUGGAGCAAGAAAUCCAGAACAUGAGACUCCAGGCUUCCUCUAACCCUCUGGGUCAGACCACUGCUGACGAACUGUCCAGCCGAUAUGUAGAGAUGAUCAACCAACUCAGAGAGGAUAAAGAUCGAGAGAUCCGUUGCCUGAGGUCCCAGUUAUUGGAAUUCCAGAGGGAUCUUUCCAAGAAGCAAGGGACGGACAUUGACCUUCAGAUGAGGCUGCAAGAGUUGACUUUAAGGCUGGAUGAGAGAGAGUCCACCAUCAAGCAGUAUGAAGAGGAACUCUUCAGGUUGAAGCAAGAAAAACUAGCUAUCAGUCCAUCCCAAGGAAUAACAAAGACAAUCAUCACUAAAAAGUACAGGAAUCAAUAUCCCAUCCUUGGCCUCUUGUCCGAUGACUAUAACGUCACUUCGCCCGUCAAGGAAUCGCAGACGAUUGUCAUUGAGAAAACUGGAGAAGUGUGGAAGCAGGAAUCCUUUACUUCCGAUUAAAAAAACUGCUUGCUUCUUUCAGGAAUGAACAAGUCCCGCGGACAAGUCCCGGCGGAUCAGAGGACUUUCGCAUACCAAUGAAUGUUGUUACAUUAUUAUUUUCUUCUGCUUGUUUCUUAACCCACCCCCAGUUAUUGCUUCAUGUCUGAAACUCACGUGCAGCCAGGGCUGGGGGAAAGCAUUACAGGCGCACUACAGGAUACAAAAGGUUUGGGGUGGGGCGUGGGAUGUCUGAGUCUUGACCUUGAUUGUUUCAGACUUGGUACCUCCAACCUUAACUGUGUCAACUGGGGAACCCUGGUGUCCAUUAGGGCAGUUAAGUGGGAACCGUGAAUCUAGCCUAGAACUGAAGUGGGCAGAGUUUGGGCUUGCAAGAUCUAUUAUGCUGUUUGUUACAACCCUGAGGUCUACCAACCAGAGCCAGACAGAAAAUGGCAGCUCAGCGAACUGAGUCAGUUACCUUCAGCACCCUGUGAACCAUAUCCUGGGACAUAUAUACAAAUCUCAACAUGGGUUCCUAGAGAUCAGGGAGGGGCUUCUAAGGCCAUCUUCUAAAACUGGCCCGCAAAGCUGAAUGAAGACCUUGUCUAAAGCAACCACUUCCUACACCCAUUUUUGAUAUGAGGAAUACUAAGGCGGAGAGAUAAGCAAAUCACACAAGACCAGUCAUGGCAGGCGUGUGUGUGUGUGUUUUUCCUUUGCUCUUGUUUAAAGUAUUGGGAAUCAGAAACUCUUGGGGAUCUACUGAAAGUCACCAGUUAGCUAACGGAAGAUCUCCAUCUGCUGCCUGUGUCCCCUUAUCCCAGAAUAUCCUCUCCUGAUGUAGUCCACUGCAAGGAGAUAAGCGGGAGCUGGGUAGGCUACUUUCCGGGAAAGCUUAUUGUCAAGGAUAUUGUCCUUGACGUGGGCUGUCCAGGACAGCCACUUGAGUAAAGCACGUCCACUUGAUGACAAUUGUGGUAAAUCAUAUCUAGUUGAUGAACAUAUUUCCCCCCAAUACAAUCUCACCAGCUAGCCCCUCUCCUUUGAAACCAGACACACACAACAGAAACACACAUUACACAUUAGUACAUGUUUCGCCUCCAUUUUUAAAUGGACACUUAGAAUCAUAGAAUAGUAGAGUUGGAAGGGACCUAUAAGGCCAUUGAGUCCAACCCCCUGCUCAAUGCAGGAAUCCACCCUAAAGCAUCCCUGACAGAUGGCUGUCCAGCUGCCUCUUGAAGGCCUCUAGUGUGGGAGAGACCACAAUCUCCCUAGGUAACUAGUUCCAUUAUCGUACUGCUCUAACAGUCAGGAAGUUUUUCCUGAUGUCCAGCCGGAAUCUGGCUUCCUGUAACUUCAGCCCGUGUCCUGCACUCUGGGAGGAUCGAGAAGAGAUCUUGGCCAUCCUCUGUGUGACAAGCUUUUAAGUAUUUGAAGAGUGCUAUCAUGUCUCCCCUCAAUCUUCUCUUCUCCAGGCUAAACAGGCCCAGUUCUUUCAGUCUCUCUUCAUAGGGCUUUGUUUCCAGACCCCUGAUCCAUCCUGGUUGCUCUCCUCUGAACAUGCUCCAGUUUGUCUGUGUCCUUCUUGAAUUGUGGAGCCCAGAACUGGACGCAAUACUCUAGAUGAGGCCUAACCAGGAUGUUACUCUAGAUGAGGCCUAACUUCAGAUGUACCAGUUCUGAAAUGUAACCCUGUUUGCUAGUCUGUUCUUUUGUUGCUGCUGUCAUUGUCAUCCCAUUGCUGUAUAUGUUCAAGCGGAAAAGCUUGAACAGCCAAGGUUAGCUUGUAUAUAGUAAACUUGUUUGUAUGCUUCUCAUGGUGGAAGGGAAAAAAAUCCUAUGUGCUGGGGAUAUGAAUUGAUCAUUUCCCAUUAUAGAUGGGUCAACAUAAGUUGGAAGUAUUAAUGGCUGCCAUCCUGAGAAAAUUAGAUAUCGCCUUUGGGAGUUUUCUGAAGUGGCCGUGGAAUUGUAUUAUCGCUCUUGCAACUUUGAGAUCGCCACCACACCUCGGAUUGGCAUGACCAUAGGUGAGUGUCACGACACAGGCCUCCUACACCAGGCCUUGUUGCACACAAACCCUCCUCAAGCCAAGCACCACCACUUGAACCACCUGAGGGUAGGGUAAAACACAACCUUUCCCUCCUAUGAGAGGGUAAAAGCUAGAAUCUGAAAAAGGUUUUACUGUAUAUGUAAUCAGCUGAAGGUUUUAUAGAAUCAUAGAAUAGCAGAGUUGGAAGGGGCCUACAAGGCCAUCGAGUCCAACCCCCUGCUCAAUGCAGGAAUCCACCCUAAAGCAUCCCUGACAGAUGGUAGUCCAGCUGCCUCUUGAAGGCCUCUAGUGUGGGAGAGCCCACAACCUCCCUAGGUAACUGGUCCCGUUGUCGUACUGCUCUAACAGUCAGGAAGUUUUUCCUGAUGUCCAGCCGGAAUCUGGCUUCCUGUAACUUCAGCCCAUUAUUCCAUGUCCUGCACUCUGGGAGGAUCGAGAAGAGAUCCUGGCCCUCCUCUGUGUGACAACCUUUUAAGUAUUUGAAGAGUCCUAUAGCUAUAGAAGGUGUUUACGAAAGGAACUGCAGAGCAGGUGAUAAAGACUUCUAAAGUUAUAGAAGGUGUUUACGAUAGGAACUGCAGAGCAGGUGAUAAAGCCAAGCAGACACGUGGUUUGAGGUAACAAAACAAAAUAAAACGUUUCUUUUUGUUUAACAGAUCUUAGUUACUUCAAAUUCAAGUUAAACUACUAGUUUUAAUAACAGGAAUUUUAAAUCUCUUAAAAUCUUAUCUCCUUUCACUCCCCACACCACUGACAAUCCUCACAGACACUCCCAACCAACUAACCAACCCCCAAGCUCUAGACGCCCACAUUUAUACUCCUGCCCACCUUUCACAGCAACAUCAGCCACACCCACUCAGUCCAACAUUCUGCCCUCACUAGGCAUACCUAAGGGAACAGAACUGUGGGGUAAUGCCACAGUGAGCCUUUUCCUCCCAUAGAAGUCUCACUACUUUCUCCUCAACCUAGUGCUGAAGGAGGACACCCCUCUUGCUCACCUAGUUUGGGGAGUAUAUAGCUGUAGGCUAAUAAUGGCAGCUGGACGAGCAGGUGACAUGUGUUAACUGUGCAAUUAAAUGCCAUUGAUAUUUUUUUAUCCCCUCAAUGGGAUGGAGCGGCACCUAACUUUCUCUGGACUGCAGUCAUUGAUUAAAAGCUGGCAGGGGGAAGGGGUAGCAGCAAGAGUGUGAAAGUUACUUUCCCAUGUUUGGCCUCAUGGUUUGAUGCUGAACAUUUGCGCUGGUGUAUCUUCCAAAGUGACGUCAUGUUCCGUGAUGCCACAUCGAAGGUGUUGCUGCUAGUUUAGCCUUUCCGGAACACCAGUAGAUGUUAAGCGCCGAAUGUGGAACUGAAACUAUCACUGGCUGGAUUGAUCUUUGGAGCUGCAUUAGAUGAACAAAACGGGAUGAGAUCCAGGAUAGAUCAAAGGAAGUACUUCUUCACAGAGUGCAUAGUUAAACUCUGGAAUUCACUAGGACAAGAUGUGGUGAUGGGCACCCAUUUGGAUGGCUGUAGAAGGGGGAUGGAUAAAUUCCUGGGGGAGAAGGCUAUCAAUGGCUACUAGUACUGAUAGCUAUGUGCUGCCUCCAGUAUCAGAGGCAGUGGGCCUAUAUGCACCAGUUGCUGGGGAACAUGGGUGGGAGAAUGCUGUUGCACCGUGUCCUGCUUGUGGCUCCCUGGUUGACAGCUGGCCACUGAGUGAACAGGUGCUGGACUAGAUGGACCCUUGGUCUGAUCCAACAGGGCUUUUCUUAGGUUCCUAAUAGUAAAAAUAGGGUCCUCAGGCUGUGCAUUGGUGGUGGGGUUUGGUUGGGGGGAUAGGACUGUAAUCUCCCAAGACACAGUUUUCCUGAGGACCAAGCCUUAAAAAAAUAUUAUUGAAUUUGUUUUACCAAUGGUGACUGUUAGAAGGUGUACAAGUGUUCUCUUUAGCUUGAUAUUACAUGAUUUCCUAUUUUACACUUAGAGCUUUUUUUCUUAUUCAUCCUCCGUACUGAAAAACAACCUGAGCUUUGUCCAAUAAAGCUGUUUUGUUACAAAAUAACCACAACUUGGUAUCAUCAACAUCAAAAAAUUAAAUCCCUGAAACUGGAUCACCGGCUUUAAGGUUGUAGUCCUGUGAAGGCUUUUAAGAAGACAUUCCUAGCGAAGUUUGUGGGGUUAACUUCUGAGUACACUUGGAUUGAGCUUUCUGUAUGUAUGAGUUGCAUGUUUAGACCUAGACUUGGUGAACUAAAAAAAAAUAUAUCACUGGAUGUCAACGUGAUUUGAAAUUUACAUGGAAAUUAAAAAUUCAACGUGAUGGGCGGUUCCGUUUCAUUUUAAUGUGGGAAAGCUUAAAGUGGGCAGAAAAAUAGCUCUGGGCUCAUUCUAUUAUGCAUAAGCCAAUGAAUUAAUUGGAGGAUUUUUGCUUCUUCUGUGGUUUCUGUAAUGAAAAAACAAAAUGGGGAUGUCUUGGUCAUAUUUAAUGGAUUUAGAACAUCCUGCAAUUCAUAGAACACAAUUCGUGACCUACCGAGUUCAGCUCGGCUCAUAUGCCCUAUAUUUCCCCUCCUUCCCCAAUUUUUUUUCAUUCCCAGGCAGGCAGCAAAUGCACAUUUAUGUACCCUGAUUAGGCUGCUGUAUGUGGGUAGUAGAUCUCUGCCUUAAGUUGAAUACACCUAUUUAUAGGUUAAAAAGACAGAAGAAAAAGAAAUUUGAUUGAUUUGAAAGGCACAAGGCGGUUCUAUUCUGUCAGAGUACAGUUUGAAGCUCCCUUACCCCUCUUUUGCUUUUUUUAAUACAAUAAUGCUGAAAUCUGGGAAAGCAAAGUGAAGAGGCAAUUCACAAAGGGCAAAGUCGAUUGUGAACCCAAUGAAAUGCAUGGAAAUUGGACAAACGUGCUUGAAUACUCCUGGCACAAUUCCCGAGCACUUCACUACAACAUAGGCAGGAGGCGGAGAGUUUUGCAGCUAAAAUGGUUCAAAGCAGGUGUUGCCUAUGCAGCUAUAAAAUAUUGCUUUACUGGGUUUUUGUAAUAAUUUGCUUUGCGGGUGUGGGUUACGCCCUUUUCUUUCCUCCUAGCCUGAGGAAUGAUGGUCAUUUUGGAGUCAACACAUACAGCAUGUAUGUGUAUUAAUACGCCCUUGACUUUGUACAGGGGUGGCCAUGACUGUAUCUUUGUUAAAUAAAAUAAAGAUAUUUGUAAGCUUG